AUGCAUCCGCACAGUCGGUACGCUGUCCGCGGUAAUCUGGACAGCUUCCUGGUGCAUUGGGACGACGUCCUGGAGCGCCUGCUCGCCAUCACGGAGAGUUCCAGUGCUGCUGCGGCGCUGCCCCACGACGGCGAGACGCUGGCCCACUUGGUUCGCUUCGAGUUCCGGAUGAAAGACAAGGACAUGUCGAAGCUCCUGAAGCACAUGCGCCUCCGCGCUCAUGUGGUGCUGCAGCUCGGCUGGGAGCUCAUCGACCGCGGCCACCCCGCUUUUUGUAGAGAUGCUGCUGGCAAUCCCAUCGCAAUCGCCGCUGCCAAGGAGGCGAUUGAAAGGCGCGUGAAGCAGUGCUACCCGUGGCUCGGCACCCCCGAGGACACCGACGGGAAGGUCCCGCCAGCCGUGGACCGGGCGACGGUGGUGGCGGAUCCGUCCAGGAGCAGUGUGCAGGAUAACAAGCACGCGACUCCGGCGCUGGCCAGCACUGACGUCGCCUCUGUUUUCGACGAUGCCAGACCGACCGCCUGCGCGCCCACAGAUGCGACGUCCCGGCAAGGGACCGCGGGUCAGCGCCAACAGCGAGCCAUGGACGGCGGGCCGGUCGUCCCGUACGUCGCCGACGCGGCCAUGUUGGAGCAGUGGAACGGGAAGUACCCCGCGAUCGCUUUCCCGCACACGCUGCUGCGGCAGAGCGGGGGGCCAGACUUCACGAGGUUGGGGAGCAAAGUCAGGAAGUACAAGGACGAAGACGGAUCCGCUUUCACGGAGCGCCUGACCACGGCUGUCCGCGGGUUGCACGACCUGUUGGCGAAGGGGUACUACGGGCCGAACAGGCGGCCAAUUGCUGGCAACUUGACGGUGCUGCACAUGGCGCAUGGCCUGGACACAACCCAGAAACAGAUCGUGCACAACAUGCGCUCUGUGACGAGCAGCCUUGCAGGCACCCAGGAGCUGCGUCGCAGGAUGGGCCACGUAUUCCAGUCUGGCGCGGUUGGAUACGGGCACGGGCUUUUCAUCACCAUCUCGCCAAAUCAGAAGCAGUCCUGCUUGGUGAUGCGUCUACACAGAGCACGCCAGGGCGACCCGCCGCUGCGCGCGGGGUGCACAGACGACGCACGGAAUGCCAUGAGGAAACGAUUGGCGUCACGGGAGUGGCCGUCAUUGUCGGAGAGCGCCGACGCGGAGCUCCCCGAUUUCGAUUUGCGUCUGUGCGAAGUGGCCAAUGAUCCUCUCUCGGUCGUUCAGGGCUUCCGCGUCGCCGUGAACGUGAUCUUGGGCCGCCUCCUGGGUAUGCGGUUGUGCGCCGAGUGCGGCGUCGCGCGAAGAUAUCGUAGGCAGCCCCGGUGCUGUUGCACGGACAAGUUCGGCUCCAACUCGCGCCCCAUGGGCGGGAUUUUCGGGGUUGCUGCAGCGUUGCUUGGCGCCGUCGAGAACCAGCACCUAGGCACGCUCCACUUCCACGGGUUCGUGUACCUCGCGAACAUGUUCCAGCACGCACCCUUGACUGAGAUCGCGAGGACAAAUCGGGAGUCCCCUGGCUUGGCGGACGCGGUGAAGGAGUGGCACGCGUGGGUCCACAGGGAAGAGCACUGGGCCCCCGAGGAGCACCGGGAGAGCCUACCGUCGCUGGAGUCUGAGUGGCGGCAGAAUCACCGCGCAUCGGAGCACGUAGGUCUGUGUCGGUGGCCCGCGUAUGUGGACCAUGCCGAGCCGAAGACGAAGUGGGACGAGGGGUGCGAUGCCGUUGCCUGCGACGCCGACGCGGCCACCUUCAAGCAGGCUUACGAGGCAGAUGCGCAGAUGAUCUUCUCGAAGGUUCAGCAUCACCACCAUCCCAACGGGAAGCCGCUCACACACUGCAUCAAGAAAGGCUGCAAACACGGCGACAAGUGCAAGCACGGCUUCCCGAAGACCAUGCUCAUGGCGGCCCCAGAUGGACCGAGAUUCCGCAUUGUGUGCCCUCAGGUGGCCAGGGAAGUCGGGCUUAAAGUGAACGGGCCGAGGAGUGCGUUGGGCGAGAUCGCGGGGCCUCGGAACGACGACUUCCUGAGCGGGACUUGUCCAGCAUUGGCGGUGGCAUUUCGGAGCAACACGCACACGGCGCCGAACAACCGGCUCCCGCUGAUCACAGGCAUUACUCACGACCCGAACUGCCUGUGUCGACACGGCUCCAGAGAAGACACAGAAGAAGGGCACCUUCGACGCAUCGCAUUCGCGGUGCAGCGGUCCAUGUCGAACUCCUCGCGGUACAUCGGCGGGUACAUUUCCAAGGUGCAGCGCGUCGGGAAGAAGGCGCGGGAACUGGCGAAGACCUGCCUGUCCACGCUGGCCGAGCGACUCCAUGGGAAGUCCGAGAUGCAGCAGACGCUCAACACUGUGCACCGCUGCAUCGGGGACUGGGAGGCCAAGGGCGUGGCGCGAACGAUCUUCGAGGAGGUGAACUUGGCGCACUUCGCGGACAGGCCGAACCCGCUCGCAGCGGAGUGCAUCACGUCGUGCCCUGUCGCCGAUUUCUACGCGGGCUGCUUCCUCCAGAUCGUGGCCGACGAGACUCGGGCGGGGCGCGCGACGGCGCGGCGCCAGAAGAGGUCCGUGGUGUUCACGGACGCAGGCGAGGUGGCCACUCCGCCGGACGCGACGGCGCGAGCGUACGCCUACCGACCCACUCAUGCCGAGUUGAAGACUUUGAGCCCGUACGAGUUCGUCCGCUUGUUCGAGGUGGUACCAACGUACCCGUACUUUGCGCUCGAAGAAGACCCAGACGACAUGGAGUUCGCGCACAUGUACGUGAUUGUACCCCGGGGCGUCCCCGCGCUACCCGUCUUCAUCGGGAGCGCGCCGAGCUUCCGAGUUGCCCUCAAGCACUACCUUCGCGGCCACAUCGUCUCGCCGUCCAACCGCAUCCUGUGGGCGAACGUGCUCCGCACCAUGACGACGAUGCCGGAGAACGCCGACGAGGGCGAGGACGACCAGGACUCGAAGCCGGUGGAGGCGCUACCCGAGAACGCGUUUCCGGUCCUCAGCCCCAGCAGCAUCAUGGCAGAGUUACGGCGAGUAGACCGAGACGCCGGGGCAGAUGCCGCUGGCGAGGACAUUGGGAACCUCUCCCAUUCGGUGCACAAAGCGCUGGAGCAGAGCAUGUCCUUCUGGGACCCGCCGAACAGGGCGCCCACGUUGAACUUGCCACUGCGACAGUCUGCUCUUCGGCAUUCCAGUGCAAUGCCAGCGGGGGCUCGCGGGAAUGCCCAGGAGCCACCGCGGAAGAUUGCGCGCUCCAAGAUGCGGGAGAAGCUGUACCCUGGCGACGCUGACCUGACAAGCAACAUCCAGAGCUGGCGGAGAG